AUGGUUUUCAUAUACACAUAUCGCAAGAUCAGAGCCUACCGCGCCCGCAAGGCCGCUGAGGCUCAAGCUCAAAAUCAGAUAUCAGCAACAGCGGGCUCGGACUCAUCAACCGUACCUACCAACCCACAGUCUUUAUUAAAUACCCCCAAGGAGACACAGAAAUGCCCGCAAUGUGCUCAGGAAAGGAGCAAGGCCCGCAAAUACAGGUGGAAACUGCUCUUCUGCCUGCUCCCAGCAUUCUUUGUCGCCAGCUUGGAUUUGACCAUCGUUGCGACAGCAUUACCGCAGAUCGCUUCACACUUCAGUCAGUAUAUUCCGUUUCUCUCGGGUUUAUUUGUCCCCUUCUCCACGCAAGGCACUGACGAGAAUGCGGUAGACAAGUUUAACCAGCUCAACUGGAUCGUUACCGCCUUCACUCUGACGUCGACCGCAUUCAUUCCUGUCUUCGGCCAAUUAGCCGACAUAUUUGGCCGACAUGCUGCCUUGCAAAGCACCGUGGGCUUCUUGACUAUCGGAAGCGUCCUUUGUGCUGUUGCCCCAGAAUGGGGAGUCCUGCUCCUCGGUCGUGCGCUACAAGGCAUAGGUACUGCAGGAAUUAGUAAUGUCAGCAUGAUCGUGUUGGCGGAUUCGGUUUCUUUGAGAGAUCAGGCUGUCAACACAAGCAUCUUCCAGCUGUUAAAUGGAGUCGGCUACAGUGUCGGACCCAUCAUCGGCGGCUACCUGACAAACACAAACUGGCGGUAUUGCUUUGUCCUGGGUGCUGGUAUUUCGGUGAUUAGCAUUUUCACCAUCUUUCUCCUCCGGAACGACCUCAAGGAGGGCAGGGUUUCCCUCUCGCACCCUCCACCCAACACCAGCCACCUCCAAGCCCUGACAGGCGGCCUCUCUACACUCGACUUCGGCGGUAUCACCCUCUUCAUCUUCGGCGUUGGUCUCGUCAUCUUGGGAACAGCCUGGGGCGGUUCAACAUAUCCCUGGGCCUCCGCCGCCGUUCUCGUACCGAUCAUUCUCGGUGCCAUUCUUAUUGUCCUCUUCUUGCUAUAUGAGAAGCUCCUUUCUUCUCCAAAUAGUUUCCUCUCACGCCACUUACCACGAGGCACUGUGCCCAUGAUUCCAUCGUCGAUUCUCUCCUCUAAAGACGUCACGCUCGUCUGCUUCAUCGCCUCCGGCACGGGCGCCGCGCUCUACAGCGUCUUCUACUUCAUCGGCAUCUAUUUCACCUUGGUUGAAGGGUUCGCAGCCUCCCACGCAGGCACUCAACUCCUAUACUACGUCCCGGGCAUAGGAGCCGGCGUGUAUAUCGCAAUAUUCAUCUGCAACGUGUACCCGCGGCAGACAUUCCCGCCUCUCCUCAUGGGCACCAUUAUCGAAAACGCCGGGAUCGCCGUGCUCGCCUACGCGGUCAAGGUGAAGAACGAGACCCUGGUUAACGUCAUGAUGGCGAUCGCCGGCGCCGGCACAGGCAUGCGCUUCAUGCCCUCGAACCUGCACUUGGCGGGGAUGUUUCGCGACCGGUUGGCACCGGUGUACUCGCUGCUGCGGUUCGCGCUGCCAUUCGGCGGGACGCUCGCGCUCACGAUCAUGGGCUCGGUGUUCCAGAAUCAGAUGAGCCAGUACUUUGGCUCCAGCGCCGUCAACUCAGGCGACAACGCCAACGCGAACAGCAACGGAACCUCGGCCGUAGAAUUCAACCUGCACAACCAAUCUUCCCUCGACCUGAUCAAGAACCUGCCUCCCGCCGAACAGAAAGCCAUCCGCUCGCAAGGCGCCACCGCGACCAUGUGGGCGUUCAUCUCCAUCCUGCCGAUCCUGGGUCUGAGUCUGCUGGCCAGCCUGUUCUUGGGCAACGUGUGGAUCUCGAAGAAAAAGCCGAAGGCGGCGGCGGCUCAAGAUCCCACAGAGGCGGAGAAAGCUGCCGCUGAGGGAACCGGGGAGCGGCCCGUCGAUGACGUCCACGAAGACGGCCUGUGUCACCGCCACGCUGCUGCUGCUGCUGCCGCUGCUGCUGCUUUGGCAGAUGGGUCGGCACCGGCUGCCGCUGCUACGGCAGUGGAGAAGGAGGAGCAGCGCAACGAAGUCGAAUACGUCAGCGAGGUGUUCCUGCUCGCAGUGCUCAAGGGCGACGUGCGCCGCCUGAAGAGGAAGGGUGCCCCGGAAGCAGACGCAGCGGCGUCAACCGCGAGAACCUCCUCCACGCCGUUCCGCGAAGCGGGGAGUAAGCCAGGCAGACAAGGGACGCAUUUCCAGACGAAGCUGGACGCAUGCGCAUAG